AAACCGACGAUGAAGUAGAAGACACUCACAAAGCUGGUCCAAAAGCAAACGCGAGUCUGAUCGAUCAGGCAGUAGAAGUGAAAAAGCAGAAAAUGUUGGAAGAUUCGGUAAAAACGGAUGCCGAAAAAAAACUUGAAGAAGAAAAGGCAAUAAUGCAAGCAGUUUCUCAACGAAAGCUUCUAGCCUCAGAUCGAGAACUUGCAAAAGGAAUUAUUUAUACAGAGCCCAUGACAACAACGUGGCGACCACCUCGAUACAUAAGGGAGCAACCGCUAAAAGAACAUGAUGCUAUCCGUCAGAGAUAUCAUAUCCUUGUAGACGGGGAACAAAUUCCACCACCAAUUAAACAUUUUAGGGAUAUGAAAUUUCCGCCUGCGAUAUUAGAUUAUUUAAAAUCAAAAGGUAUCCACCGCCCAACACCAAUUCAGGUCCAGGGUCUUCCGGUCGUACUGGCUGGGCGGGACAUGAUCGGAAUUGCAUUUACAGGAUCGGGAAAAACUCUGGCAUUUUCUUUGCCGUUAGUCAUGUUUGCUCUGGAAGAGGAAUGUAAACUUCCGUUGAUCAGGGGUGAGGGUCCUAUAGGAAUGAUUGUCUGUCCGUCGCGUGAACUGGCACGUCAAACGUUCGAGAGUAUAAGCGCGAUGAUAGAACACUUAACGAGGGAUGGAUAUCCGAAAUUAAGGUCACUAUUGUGUAUUGGGGGUAUAUCUAUGUCAGAUCAAUGGCACACAAUAUCGGAAGGCAUUCACAUCGUGGUUGCUACGCCUGGAAGGUUAAUUGACAUGUUGGAGAAAAAGAAAUUCAAUUUGGAUUUGUGCAAGUUCCUAUGCUUGGACGAGGCUGACCGUAUGAUUGACAUGGGGUUUGAGGAUGAUGUUCGAACUAUCAUGUCGUACUUCACAAAUCAGAGACAGACAUUGUUAUAUUCGGCUACUAUGCCUAAAAAAAUUCAAGAUUUUGCAAGAUCAGCAUUGGUUAAACCUGUGAUUGUUAAUGUUGGUCGAGCAGGUGCCGCUAACUUAGAUGUUAUUCAAGAGGUGGAAUACGUAAAACAGGAAGCAAAAAUCAUGUAUUUAUUGGAAUGCUUGCAGAAGACUCCUCCACCGGUACUUAUCUUUGCUGAAAACAAAAAUGAUGUUGACGAUAUUCAUGAGUAUCUUCUCGUGAAAGGUGUUGAAGCCGUGGCAAUUCAUGGAGGAAAAAGUCAAGAGGAGCGUGAAUUUGCAAUCCGUUCGUUUAAAGAAUACAAAAAGGAUGUUCUAGUCGCCUCUGACGUAGCCUCAAAAGGAUUAGAUUUUCCAGACAUUCAACACGUUAUUAAUUACGACAUGCCUAAGGAAAUUGAAAAUUAUGUGCACAGAAUCGGACGUACAGGCCGAUCUGGAAGAACAGGCGUGGCCACCACAUUUAUUAACAUGAAUUGUUCAGAACAAAUUUUACUCGAUUUGAAACAUUUACUCAAGGAAGCCAAACAACGUGUUCCCCCUGUUCUUGAGGCUUUAGAUGAUCCGCUUAAGGAUUUAACAGGAGGAUGUACGUUCUGUGGUGGACUGGGUCAUCGGAUUUCAGUGUGUCCGAAAUUGGAUGCCCAAAGAAGACAACAAAUUGGAAAUAUCAGCCGUGGUGGUGGUGGUGAGAGAGGUGGCGGCGAAUAUUAA